ACACCCAUCCCCAGAUCUAGCGAGUAGCCACCGCCAUGGGAGCACCGCCGCCAGUGAUUCCGGACGAGCUCGUCGAGGAGAUCCUCAUCAGUCUCCCACCCGACGACCCCGCAUGCCUCCUCCGUGCAUCCCUCGUCUGCAAGGACUGGGGCGGCAUCGUCUCCGUCUCCCGUCCGGCCUUCCGCCGCCGCCUCCACGAGCUCCACCAGACACCUCCCUGGACCGGGCUACGUACCCCAGCACAGCUUCAUACCCACCAAUCCACCAUCGCCUCGUCCUUCUCUCCCGCCGCCCCGGACCACCGCUCCUGGCGGGCCCUUGACUGCCGCCACGGCCGCGUCCUCUUCCUCUCCAAGGGCCAGGACGCCGAGGAGCUCCUUGUGUGGGAGCCAAUCACGGGCGCCCAGCAGCGCGUACCGUGGCACGUGGCGUUUGAGUGGAGCUACAGCUACUUGACUGCGGCCGUGUUCUGCGCAGCGGACGGGUGUGGCCACCGCGACUGCCUCGGGGGUCCUUUCCGCGUGCUCUUCGUCUUGUCCGUAGACGACGAAGAAGUCUUCUCCGACGAUGACGAUGCGUUUCGCGCGUUGGCAUCCGUGUACUGGUCGGAGACUGGCACCUGGGGCGAGCUGACCUGGAUUUACCGCGACUGGUCCAUAUUCGAAUUUACAUACUCCAGCGUGCUCGUUGGGAGCUCUGUGAUCCACUUCAUGUUCUACACCAACUAUGACUUGGACUAUGGCGGUGUGUCGAUCAUGGAGUAUGACUUGUCAAGGCACGCCUUGAAUGUGUUUACUUUUAGGCCACCAGACGGCUGCAUAUAUAACCUUGUGCUGGCGGAGGACGACGGUGGACUGGGCAUAAUCCAAGGCUUGGAUCCGCAGCUCAAAUUGUGGACAAGAGAGGCGAGUGAUGGCACUGAUGCGCAAUGGGUGCUGAAUCGGGUCAUCGACCUGGGCAAUUUGCUGCCAACUAGUGCUCGAUUGAAUGAAGAUUAUAGAGUGCAUGUAAUGGGCUUCGCUGAGGGGGCAAAUGCCAUUUUCGUCAACACAGUUGAUGGUGUCUUCACAAUUGAGCUACAGUCGGAUCAUGCGAGGAAGGUGUGCAGUGAUCAUGGCUUCGUUAAUUUGAUCCCGGUUGUCAGCUUCUACACUCCUGUACCCCGAGGCCAGCAGCAGAACCUGCUGGCGUCGAAGCCUAGCGAGGAGGGGGGAGAGGAGGAUAAAACAGUAGAUCGCGCACAACGGCUGUUGAGCAAGGGGUCCAAUGCUAUGAAGGAAGGGGACUUUGUCAACACAUUCGAAUGCGUCAGCAACAACCACAAUAUCAGGGUUCCUUGUUAUGGAGAAGGUGCUCUGGAGAGUGCUAACAUGCUCAACAAACAAGGAUAUGCCUUGCUACCGAAAGUUUCUUCGGGUGAUAUUCCCAAGAGUGCACCAAAUGAAGAAUCGGUGAAGGGUACAACGAGCAAAGAUGAUGGCGUGAGCUCGACGACCUCUCAUAGCAAUGUUGAGGGUGCUCCAGCUUCAGAGAAAGGCGAGUCUGAAUAAUGUACUGUUUCUCAUUGUUCCUUCCUGAGACCAUUGUCUGUGCUAGGGCUGCACUCUUGUGUGGCGAAAUGCCUGCUUGAUUUCCGCUGAGGUUUGCAUUG